GGACACUUGUAAUCAAUGCAACACAGUGUGUAAGUGACAGGGAGGAGGGAGCCUUUCCCAGAAGCUGGCUCAGCCACUGAAACUGUCCCCCCCAAAUAAAGCAGGGGACAUCUGAUGUGACAUGCAAGCCACAAGUAGGAGUAGCCUCCUGUCUCCUGAUGGGGAAGUGUCACCAUGAAGGAGAAGAGCCAUCCUGCUCUCUGAUCAUCAACUAAACAAGUCACGUCUUGUGUAUUUUUUUUUAUUUUUAUAUUUUUUUUUUUUUUGCUUUUAUUGAGAGGAAAAAAAGAGGGGAAAGAAGUAGGCCAUGUACAGGCAACCCUGGCACCUGAUGGCACUGUGAGUGAAGAUGGCAUAUAUACAGGACAGUUGGAGCCAAUAAAUGAGGGGUUCCUGUCCAAAAUUUCAGAUCUGCUGCUAUGCCGAUGGACGUGCAGAAACUGCUGUCAGAAGUGUUAUGAAUGUAGCUGCUGCCAGUCAAGUGAGGAUGAAGUGGAGAUCCUGGGGCCCUUUCCUGCUCAAACACCACCAUGGAUGAUAAAUAAUCGUAGUGAGGACAAGGAUGGAGAUUCAGACAAUGCGAGAAGUGAGCCUCCUUCUACUCCACAGGAGACAUCACCUGAUAGAAGACGAUCUUCUUCAGAUACAUCAAGAUCUACGUAUAGUCUAACAAGGCGCAUUUCAAGUGAGACUUCUGAAUUCUGUUUAGAGUCCAAAAGACCAAGUUCUCCAUUGAUUGACAUUAAACCAAUUGAGUUUGGUGCUUUAGGAGCAAAAAAGGAAAUUGUGCAACCAACUGUACUGAGGAAAACAUACACCCCCGAGGACUAUUUUAGGAAAUUUGAACCUCAUCUGUAUCCUGCCGAUUCUAGUAAUGAUGAUGUGGACUCAUUAACCGAUGAUGAAAUUUUGACCAAGUAUCAGUUAGGUAUGCUGCAUUUUAGUACUCAGUAUGAUCUACUUCACAACUAUCUAAUUGUCAGAGUAAUAGAGGCUAAAGACCUACCACCACCCAUAUCCUAUGAUGGUUCUAGACAAGACAUGGCCCAUUCAAACCCAUAUGUGAAGAUAUGUCUAUUGCCAGACCAGAAGAACUCUAAGCAAACCGGAGUCAAACGUAAGACUCAGAAUCCAGUAUUUGAGGAGAGGUAUACUUUUGAAAUUCCAUUUUUAGAAGCCCAAAGAAGAACAUUGCUCUUGACGGUGGUGGAUUUUGACAAGUUUUCACGACAUUGUGUUAUUGGGAAGGUCUCCAUGUCAUUGAAUGAGGUUGACCUUGUAAAAGGAGGACAUUGGUGGAAAGCUUUAAUACCAAGCUCUCAGAAUGAAGUCGAGCUGGGAGAGCUGCUUCUGUCUCUAAAUUACCUGCCAAGUGCUGGAAGAUUGAAUGUGGAUAUUAUCAGAGCAAAACAGCUUCUUCAGACUGAUAUGAGCCAAGGAUCUGAUCCAUUUGUGAAAAUCCAGUUGGUUCAUGGGUUGAAGUUAGUAAAAACCAAAAAGACAUCUUGCAUGAGAGGCACCAUAGAUCCUUUUUACAAUGAAUCCUUCAGCUUCAAGGUUCCUCAAGAAGAGCUUGACAAUGCCAGCUUGGUAUUUACAGUGUAUGGACACAACAUGAAAAGCAGCAACGACUUUAUUGGGAGGAUAGUGAUUGGUCAGUAUUCAUCGGGAUCCCCAGAAACCAACCACUGGCGUCGCAUGAAGAAUUCGCACAGGACAUCGGUGGAGCAGUGGCAUAGCCUGAGGUCCCGUGCAGAAUGUGACAGAGUAUCCCCGGCAUCAUUGGAGGUGACGUGAGAGCCAAAGGAAGCAGUCACACUGUGCUUACCUGCAAGGAACCAUGGGAUGGGAGCAAUUAUUCUGCUGCUUCGAACUAAACUGCAGCAUAUAGCCUAUGUGCCUCAGUAAAUAUUCAUGAUGCAAAUCAUUUGUUAAAUGUUGGUCUAAUCGGCUUGUCCGGACCAUGUCGCGCACUGCGCUGGCUAUUCUUAGGACUAUCAAGGCAUUGCCCACCCAUGACAAAGACAUAGACAUCUCUAUAUCAGAGGUCCAAAAAUUCAUCUAAGGACUCUUAGUGUUAAAAUGAGCUCAUGGGACGCUGCCAUUCACUCAACCCAUCGUAUUCCACUUAUAAGGAGAUAUUGGUAACUGUGGUCUUAUUUGUGAAUGUGGUAAAAACUCCUGAAAAACAACAACAAAAAUCUAAUGUAUGUGACGCCUAUAUGAAAUGCAGUUUCGUCCCUAUGUGUCGAAUUCUAUAUCUGUUGACGUGUGUGUGUGUGAGUAUGUUUGUGUAUUAACACAUAUCUAUAUUUAUAUAUUUGUUUAUACCGUGAAAAUACAAAUCCAUGUUUAUAUAUAUUGAUUUAAAUAGAUUAAUAUAACCAGAUACAUAUAUAAUUGUAAAAUAAAUCUAUAUAUUCUAACAAAGCAUAUGUCAUAAAAAAUAAAACAUCUUCAAGGAUACUGUAAUACUAAUAUAGCAUAUAUUUUACUUUGAAUUACACUGGCUACAGUGUCUACUAUGGUUUCCUGUCUUUUCAGUAUAUCUGCUUUUCCUACCUGGAAACCAUCAACAAAUAGUCUAUUCCCAUUAUAGACCUUUGUGUCUAGUCAGAAUAUGACAAAGAUGAUAGACUUUAUAUUCUGUGACCACUUAUCUCAUGUAGAAUGGGGUCAUCCAAAAUAAUGAAUAUAUGGUAUUUCAAAUUUAAAACCUGUCUUUACAGUGGGGCUGCUGCAGGAGAUGUAGGCAUUUCUCAUACAAUUGCCCAUACCUGUCCAUAAAUAGUGGGGGAAAAGGCCUUACUAUAUUGGUCAAAAGGAAGAAACAAAGUGCUUCAUAGUGAAGGAAUAUAUAUAUGUAGGUCGUGCUUUGGGAGCUGGAAUAUAACUCACCAGAUCGUGUUGUGCAAUCCUGAGGCAUAACUCUUAAUACACCACUCUCCACAAUUAGUUACUAUAGUGGUUGUAGUCUCAAGUAGCUGCCCCUCUUCCCGUGCCCACACGAUCGUGGGCAAAUUUAAAUGCAUAGGAGAAUGCACACCAGUACAAGAUUCUUUUUAGGGUAAAAGAGCGCUACCACAAACCAGGGAUGAAAAAAAAAAACAUGUGAAGGGCUUCAAGGUUUACUAUAAUAAUGUGAUGCAUUUCAGGGUCAUUCUGGCCCCUUCAUCAGACCAUAAGGUCUGAUGAAGGGGCCGGACCGGCCUGGAAAUGCGUCACAUGUUAUAAUAAACCUUUAAGCCUUUUAAACAUAUUUCUUCUUCACUAGUCUGUGGUAGAGCCAUUUUUACCUCCAAAAGAAUCUUGAACUGGUGUACAUUUCUGUAUUAGCGUCCUAAUUUACCAUUGCUUUGAAAUGUGUGUUGUGCUGGGAAGAGAAACAACCCACUAAGAACUAAGAAAUGAGGAGGCUUGUUUACCAAAAUUUGCCAAAAAUACUGUACAUGGUGUGCACCACAUUACUAGGAUUUAUUUACUAAAGUGCAGACCAAAAAAACUAAACCCUCCAUUUUACAAGGAAAAAAAUAUGUAAAAUGUGGUGGAUUUGAGCUGAGAAACACCUGACAGAUCAGAACAGUUGUAAGAAUGGCAAAAUAGGCAAAAUACUGGUGGGUGGUGUAAGGGAGUGUGCGUAACGUGCUAAGAAAGUUGCACCAAAAGAUAAUACCACGCAGGGUAUCAAGGUUAGUAGCAGUGUGUGAAAUACACCUUACAAUUUUAGUCAAUUUGCACUUUUAUUGCUGACUAAAUUCAUGUAUCCCACAACAAUACUCUACUAUGUCCCAAUGUCUACACCAAAGAGUCCCAACCAGGGUGCUUCCAGCUGUUGCAAAACUACAACUCCUAGCAUGCCCAACAGCCUUUAGCACCCUGGUUGGUAGACAAUGGUCCAGACAGGCAGAUACUGACUGUCAUAUUCACAAAGAAGAAGUAUAUCUUAACUUAAAGAGGUACUCCAUUGCUCAGCGUUUGGAACAAACUGUUCCGAACGCUGGAAACGGGAGCUUGUGACAUCAUAGUCCUGCCCCCUCAUAACAUCACGCCCCGCCCCCUCAAUGCAAGUGUAUGGGAGGGGGCGUGACAGUUGUUGUCACGGCUAUGACGUCACGAGCUCCCGGCUCCAGCGUUGGGAACAGUUUGUUCCAAACCCUGAGCAGCGGAGUACCCCUUUAAGAUGCACACUUGUUCCUCUUAUACUGCAACAUGAUACUCUAGUAUACCUAUGUUAUCCUCCUAGACAACCCCUUUAAGGCGGAGCUUCCCUUUAAAGAGGAUAGAGAUUAAAAUUCUAAUACUUGUGCUUGGCAUUGCAGCAAAUAUGACUAUUUUACAAUAUGCCUUUCCAUAGCAGUCUCUAAGCACUGUUAAAUACUGAACUGUAUAUUUCAUAAAAAAAAAAAUGUAGUCUAAGAAUGUAUAUUUAUGAAAAAUAAAUAUAUGUUUAUUUGUGCCAUCAAUAUCUUGUACAGUAUGUGGACUUUACCGGGAAGAUGUGUGAAAUAUGUCGAUAUAAAAUAUAAAUUAUAAUGCAAUAUUGCAAUCGCUUAUUUUAAUGGUCUUAGAUGGUGAUAUGUUGUGUAUUAUGUUUUUGUUAAUAAAUAAUAAGACCUUGGCACUUUAGAUACAGGUAAUUAUAAGAGCAGGGGCAAAGUUUGAGGGGGCUGUGCUUUUUUCUUUUUUCUUUACACAACCCCUUUAAAGGGCCAUAGUCUAUAAACUUUCUACAGGUAGUCUGCAUAGCUGUAGCAGAGUUACCAGUCAAGGAACAGAAAAACUGAGCUAAUUUCUUUUAGAAACAGCUUCCAUUCUGUCUCCAGGUUGUGUGUGGUUCCAUUGAAGUGAAUGGAACCAAGUUGUAAUACCACACCCAACCUGGGGACAGACAUAGAGCUGUUUUUGAAAGAAAUCCGUUUUUCUAUUUCUGGAUAACCCCUUUAAUGCUCUACAUCCGUUAACUCUGCUACAUUGGUAUUCAUUAUUUUACCUACAGAUGUAGUAGAAUUAAAUGGGCACUGUAAGAAUCAACUUUAUCAAACAUCAUUUAUGUUUUACAUCUUGACAAAACAUUACCCUUUCUAAUAUAUUGCAUAAAAAAUGUAAUCUCCUUUUUUAUAGAAACCACUGCUUAUAAAAAAAAAAAGACCACUAUGGGUCCCCAUACUAUCCAGAACAUAAUCUUGUCCAUCUUUAGCAUUAUAUUUGGCCCAGGCUGGGACAAAAUCCAGAAAGUGAGGACAGGGCUAUAACUCCUUUGUGCUCAUGCCUGUCCUGUCUAUCAGACUUCUGUCUGAAAACAGAGAGGAGGAGGUUACAGAGCAGACUGCAGUGAUUGGAUAAAGAGACCCAACACAGCACAGGAAGGAAGUGAACACAUGGUGAGUGAGGGCAGGCUCAGUGCUGCCUCGGACACAUCCCUUCCUGAGCAGGGAAUGUCAGAAUGAGUGAGCAGCAGAACGGAGGGAAGUUUGAGCCAUAUACAGAGGUGAGGCACAUAAAUAAGACAUGUAAAGCAUCUGCAUGACUUAGUGAGCAUCAAAUCUAAGCAUUAUUUUUUGCUGAUAUAUGACAGGUUGAUGUAGUUUAAAGGGGUACUCCUCUGGAAAAAACAUUUUUUUAAAUCAACUGGUGCCAGAAAGUUAAUCAGAU